AUGUCAUCAUCAACCAGUGAAAGCGCAAAAAGGACUGUGUAUGUAUCGAAUAUUGCUCCGGUGGUGAAUGAAGAAACAUUGCAAAAGUUUUUUAAUUUUUGUGGAGAGAUUGAAAUGAUGAGGAGCAUACAUUCCUCUUCCGAGACCAAAUAUGAAAUUGUGUUUUUUGAAGAGGCUUCUGCACAAAAAGCCAUUAAACUGAACGGUACACCAAUGGUUGGAUUUAAAUUACAAAUUGUUGGAGCAGCACCCUCUACGACAACCACAACAUCCACCUCCCUUCCGACCACACAAGGUGCUGCAGCUGGAUUGCUAUUGGAAGCCUCUCAAGAAUCAUCAGCAAAGGCUUUGAAUCCUUUCAUUCAACAAAUUGGAGAUCCCAAUGUUGAUAACAAUCUCGUAUAUAGUACAGGUGAUGUAGAAAAGGAUAAGGAAAUUGCACGAACGAUCUAUGUUGGAAAUAUUGAUUCCCGAGCCAAUCACAAUGAUUUGGUGGAAAUUUUCAGUGUUUGUGGUCCUAUUGCAUAUAUUAGGAUGGCAGGAGAUGGAAAACAUCCCUCUAGAUUUGCUUUUAUUGAAUUCUUGGAUAUUGAAGCAGCAAACAAAGCCAUGUCCCUGUCUGGUCAUCGUUUGUUUGAUCAUGAGAUUAAGGUCAAUCGUUCGAAAAAACCAAUCACUAAGCCUGGAGUCAAGAUGACACCCCAGGAAGAAAAGAAACUUUCAGAUGCUAUUACAAGUCUCAAAGAUAAAUUGGAACUCUAUGAAAGAGAUCCAGAACUCUUCAAAAAGACCUAUUUAGAAAAUCUAGAUCAUGGCAAAACUACUCAACAUCAUUACACUCCGAGAAGACAUCAACAACAGAAUUACCAGCCUUACCAUCAUCACCAACAGCAUCAAUAUAAUGGUGGUGGCCAUCACCAUUCAUAUAACCAACAUACAAGUCAUAAUUAUUAUAAUAGACAUCAUCACAACUAUAACCAACCACAGGGCUAUCAUAAUACCUCGAACAGAUAUUACAAUAAUUCUGGUAGGUAUGGCAGUGCAAGCGCUAGUAGUAGCAGCAAUAAUUCAUAUUCGGGAGGUGGCCCUCGUGAAGAUAUACCAAAACAUUCACCAUCGUCAACAGAUAAUAAUAACGACAGUAGAAAUGCAAAUUCUACCUAUGGCAGUAAUAUGUCAUCCUAUUCUUCACAAAGAGAAGCGAACGGAGGUAGAAGAUUAGACUCUUCAUAUACAGAACAAAGAUAA